AUAAACGUUUUGGCGCGGUUCCUGUGGCGGUAAAAUUUAAAUAUCGCAUCAUCGGGGUCUCUUGCUUCGACCCGCGGCAACAGUGUUAAAGUAACCAGAUUACGCGGGAAAACCCCGGAUUUGCCAACACUGGCUAAUAUGUCGGAUUAGUGGCUAUUGUUUGUCGGCGUGUGUUGUUUUCUUGAUUUCUACCAGCUGUGCGUUUGAGUCAGAUUCUGAGUAUGUGAUUUACUGACUUUUUAAAACUGUAAAACAUUGCCUUGCCCUAACAAACCAUGCAUCAGUGGAAAACUCAACCUAAGUGAUUUUAAUGCGAGGAUAGGGUUUAACCAUAUGACAGAUUUAGUUUUUUUUGUGGUCAACACACAAAAGUAUGUAUCGACUUUCUGUGUCCUUAUCUAUUUUAAGUGUCCAUCAUGCAGUUGAAUGAGGUUAAGGAGGCGGCGCUGUUGUCGUGGAUCUGCGGUGUUUAUCCUGAGGAGCCCUUUACCAGAAUAAUCCAGAUGAUGGACGGUCAUCGACUCCUUAAAUUUGCCUACAGAGUGCGGGGGAAGGAUCUCCGUGACGGCCUGCCGUUGUCACCGUUUCCUGCUGUGAUGGAGGCGAUCUUCAGCAUGCUGCGGGCUGACUUUCGGUUCAGCCCGGGACAGGCUGAACUCAUGUUACAGAAGAUCAGCGAGGGAGUCGAGCUGGAGCUUCAGCUUGCCAAGGUGGUCCUUGUUCUGUGUUAUUGCGGUUUCAAAACGUACAACAUGGUGCCUUUGGACAUAAAGACAGGGCUGAUGAUCGCGUCCAUGUUUCACUUCGUAGAAGAUGACGCCGAUGGCCUGUCUUUAGACGAAGGCCUAGACAGGUUCCUCACCAAAGCCUGUCUGUUGAUCUUCGUUCUGUCUCGCUCUCUAGCGGUCAUGACUUUCUCCACCUCCAGCAGCGAGAGCAGCUGCUGCUCGCCUUCAUACACCGACGAAGAGUCUCCGAUCUUCAGCCGAGUCCAAAACCCUCCCAGAGAUCAGUUUCAAAAGCACUUCACGGUGACGCGCGGUUCAGUCAGCUCUCCAGUGCGGGAUGUUUUGAGCACGCCGCGGCUGUUGAAGAGACUCCGGAGAGUUUUGGCACGUGAGGGAGACGUGAUGGAAGAGCUGGAGAAAGAACUGGCCAAUCAGAUCAGCAUCAUCUCAGAGAAAGAGGGCGUGAUUUCUCAGUUACAGCACAGGGUGGAGCGGAUGCUGCGAGAACAAGGAGAGCUGGAGAAGGACCAUAAAGCUGCGCUGCUGGAGCUCCAGGAGAAGAACGAGAGAGUUGUGAAGCAAUGCCAAGACUUGAAAACCGAAAACGCUCAGAAAAAGAAAAUGAUUGAUGCACUAACAAAGGAGAACCAAACCUUUGCUGCUCAAGCUUUGAUCAAAACCGAGAGCUUCCAGACUCGAAUGCUGGAUUUGUCCGAACAAAUUUCCCUAAAAGAUGACGAAAUCACAAAUUUGAGUAACAAGUAUAACUCUGUAGAUCAUGAGCUGAAGCUUGUGAAGGAGAAAAACAUUGCAUUAAAAGAAGUGAUCAAAUCAAAUUGUCAAGAGCACGAGGACACCGUUAAGAAACUUCAGCAAGAGCUUGACUCUGCUUCUUCUGUAGCUUCAGAAAGACGAGAAGAAAUGCUGGUUUUGUCAGCGGAGGUAAAAUCUCUUAAAGAGCAGAUCUGGCAUUACGGUGAAAAUCAAAUGCAUAAAGAAGAGCUGUCUGUUUUAGAGGCAAAACACAACGGGUUGAAGGAAAAAUUGACGUCUCUUCAUAAACAGUUGGCCGAGGUGAAGGAAUCUGAGCUUAAACGGGAGCUUUGGCAUCAAACGGUGCUAAAAGAUAAAGCUCAGGAGCUCGAGAGGGCUGUGAAGGAACAUUAUACUGAAAUUUCCGUCCUAGCCUCCGAGAGAGACGCUCAGAUAAAUUCUCUCAAAGCUGACAUGAAACGUCAGCAGCUGAGAUCCGAGAGGCUCCGAGCUCAGCUGGAGCUGAAGGUGGAAAAGCAGAACGGCUCCGUUCUCGCUCUCAAAAACGUGGCUCGGCGAUGGGAGCAGCAGAAUAAGGAGCUGCUGGAGAAGCUGAAGACCACGUUCGCCCAGCUGCAGCAUUACAGCGGUAAAAACAAGGAGGCAUGGGACACGAACAGGUCUCUGGUGAACUCCCUGCAGGCCAGCAGGAGAGAAGUCGGAGAUCUUCAGAUGGAGCGGGACCGGGCGAAGGCCGAAGUCAAAAGCUUGGAGGCUCGGGUGGACUUCGCUAAAAGGCAAGAGCGGAGGAAGAUGGCCGACGAUACUCCGGAGGUGAGACGCGGGGGAACGCAGCAGGACACCAGCGACGACAGCUUCGGCUCUGAGCUGAACGAUUCGUUUGGUGCCGACGCACACGAUGUGUCUGGUGCGGGAGAGGAGGAUGAACCAGAGCGAGCUGCAGACGACUGGAUGCGCAUCGCUGAGCUACAGGCACGAAACAAAGCCUGUCUGCCUCACCUGAAGAGCAGCUACCCGCUGGAGUCCGGGCCCACUGUGGGCCUUCCCUCAUUCACAUUAACGGAUGAGGACCUGCGGAUGGGUGACCCGAAAGAGACCAUCCGCCGCGCAGCUUCCCGCUUGCAUGAAUCGCACACACCACACGCUCUUAGACAGCCUGGAUCCCUGCUGCGUGACCUGAACACACCCGAGCAGCAGUGCACUGGCACGGACGAUGCAAAGAUGCUUGCGAGCUGCGUCUCCCGGACCGUGACGCUUAAGAGCGAGCGCGCUAAACGGCUCUCAAAGGCUGAGCCCAAGCGAAGGCAGUCCGUUAUGUUCACCAUCUGUAACACGCCACGACCCCAGAGAGGCAGUUUGCUGCAGCGAGGCCUGAAGCGGCGCAAGGAAGCCUGUGGGUCUCCGGCAGUGGGCAGUCGUGUCCUGCGGCCGGCGAUGAGCGCCGCUAACAGCAGGUCUCCGCUCUUGCUGAGGGAACGUCCUCACAGCAAGUCUACAAAACGGGGAGAGCAGUAGAAUAACUCGGCUCGUCGUCUUUCCUGACUGUUGUUUCUUUCUCGUCCAGGAUAAUUUGCGGACAAAACCUGGAUUUAUUUGUAUCUAUACUUUUCGAGUUUGUUUGUCUUCUGUUCACUUUGUAAAUUUUGAUUUGAAUGCGUGUGCGGCUUGAACAUUUGUUUUAAAAAAAUAAUAAAAGAUUUUGAUUGUG